AUGUUUGCUUUAAUUGCGAAGAUAUUUACCAGAGCACAAUCGGAUCAAACUGCUUGCAUAUCACUGGUAGCGCCAUGGCUAUUUGAAAUGUAUUAUGACCUUGAAUUUGAGCAAGCUUCGUGCAAAUACACGAAUGGCCUAUGCAAAGAACUUUUAAAACCAAUGUAUGAUAGUUUUCAUGGGUUAUUUAAACAAUUAGGAUUGUCAACUGAUAGAAUGGGGAGAGUUUAUUCGACAUCUGAACUUUACAACGACUCUAUCUUUUUGAUAACUCCAUUUUUGGACUCACGAUUGUUUGAUCUACGAUGGGUCAUGCAUCCCAAACUACCGACUGAACUGAAGCUGCAAUUGUGUAAAACGAUCAACCGCUUGGUAGCCAGUGUUGCUUUGCAGUUGCACGGUGCGGGUCUACAAGAACACAAUGAUACAAUAGUUGAAACAUUGCCGAUAGCCACAGCCAACAACAAAAGUCCUGGUGUGAAAAGAAAGACUCUCUUCGCUUUCCCGAAAGAUAACGAGCCUUUAGUCAAACGAACACGAUCCAAUACAAGUGGACAAACCGAAGAAGAAAUACUCCUGUUAUCCAAAGAGACAUCCGAUGAUUGUAGUCUGAUUUUUGCAAAAGCGACGAUCUACCCAUAUCUAAAUUUUACUUGCUCGUCGUCUUUUGUGUGUACCGACGACAACAGCACCAGUGGAACGGAUAUUUUCUACAAGUGGAUUCGUGAUGCGACCACACAGAGGACACAUGUCUAA